GUUUUGUGUUCGACAAGCAGAGACAAGCAUCAUGGGUUUUCCUUCGGAUAUCAAGCCAGGUGUUGUCACCGGCGACAACCUCCUGAAGCUGCUGCAGUACGCCAAGGACACGGGCUUUGCCAUCCCCGCCGUCAACUGCACCACCACCUCGACGGUCAAUGCCGUUCUCGAAGCUGCCGCCAAGGUUAACUCGCCGGUCAUGUGCCAGGUGAGCCAGGGUGGCGCUCAGUUCUUCGCGGGCAAGAGCCUGCCCAACGACAAGCAGCAGGCUUCCAUUGCCGGCGCCGUCACGUUCGCCUUCCACGUUCGCCUCAUGGCCGAGCACUACGGUGUCCCCGUCAUCUUGCACUCGGACCACUGCGCCAAGAAGCUUCUGCCCUGGUUGGACGGCAUGCUCGAGGCUGAUGAGAAGUAUUUCAAGGAGCACGGCGAGCCCCUCUUCUCCUCUCACAUGAUCGAUCUCUCCGAGGAGUCGCUCGAGGACAACAUCGCCACCUGCGAGUCUUACCUUAAGCGCUUCGCCAAGAUCAACAUGCUGCUUGAGCUUGAGCUCGGCAUCACCGGCGGUGAAGAGGAUGGCGUGGACAACACGGAUGUGGACAACAACUCCCUUUACAGCCAGCCCGAGGACGUGUGGGAGUGCUACCAGCGUCUCAGCAAGAUCAGCCCCAUGUUCACCGUGGCUGCCGCCUUUGGCAACGUGCACGGUGUCUACAAGCCCGGCAAUGUCAAGCUCUCCCCUGAAAUUCUGGGCAACUCGCAGUCCUUUAUCAAGGAAAAGCUUGGCUGCGAUGAAGACAAGCCCGUCUUCUUCGUCUUCCACGGUGGCUCUGGAUCGGAGAAGGACAAGAUUGAGACCGCCCUCACGCACGGCGUUAUCAAGAUGAACAUUGACACCGACACCCAGUGGGCCUAUUGGGAUGGUGUCCGCAAGUACGAGGCUGACAAGCACGACUAUCUCCAGGGCCAGAUCGGCAAUCCGGAUGGCGACCACAAGCCCAACAAGAAGCAGUAUGAUCCCCGUGUCUGGCUCCGCAAGGCCGAGGAGAGCAUGGUUGUCCGUCUUGAGGAGAGCUUCAAGGACCUCAAUUGCGAGAACCGCCUGGCCUAAAUCGGCUUGACCAGGGAUUUCUCGUUUAGGUGUGUUUUGUUGUGGGCGUGCUCCAAUCUGGUUGAAAAAAAAAAAAAAAACACAAGUGCUUGGGCUCUCGCCUUCGGGCCAUCGCAUCGCAUGACCUCUCCCUUCGACAAAUACAGCAGCGCCUCGCGAAAUAGAGGGGGAGAGGGGC